AGAACAUGGAGUCAGAUUCAUCAUUCCUUCCUGCCCCACAAAUACAAUAAUUCAGGAAAGCAGGGCUCAGGCUGUUCCCUGCUGGAGCCCCGAGCUGCACCUUUAUCUCAGCUCCAGCAUUGUUGUCACUGCUGCUGUCCUCCUUGCUGGACACCAGGGGAUGCACUCUGAGAUGUCCUAAAGAAUCCCUCUAGCACCUGCCUUCUUGCAAUUGUCCUCAUGUUUUGCAGAAAUGCAUUUUUUGUCCUCAUUGUCCUUCGUGUUGUGCAGAAAUGUUGGUUUGGAGAGAAUGUGAAAGAGUGUAAGAUUCAAAAUAUCCUCUACAGUCCAGAGUGUGUGAGCUCUUGUAGGGAAAGGGUUCCUUAGGUCAGUUUUGAGGGCAAUGCUUUGUUCCAAGUCCCUGGGCAAAGUGCCACAUGCCUGUACCCCAACUUACAGGAGUCAUUCUCCUUGUUUUGUAAAAACCAAAAAGGUGAUGGCCGGGGCUAUCUGUAGCCAGCAGAGAAGGAUUUGAGCUGCUGUGUACUGCAAGGGUGUGGAUCAUCAGGCUGUGAGCUGGGUUGUAGCAAAGCACAGCACUCCAGUCCCUGCAGUGGCUAAGCUGUUACACUGUUAAGUAUCAGCUUCAGGAGGACAAAAAUCUUUGUCCUUGUGCUUCGGGUUUAGAUUCUUGUUGCACAGUGUUCCAUUCUGAGAUACAUCAUGCUACAGAGUAUUGUCCUGCUUCAGGUUAUGGAAAAUGUCUCUGCUCCCCUUAAGCUAAUUUUUUUUCGACUGAAGUCCAGUGACACCCAAUAACAGUUACUGUUGACACUUAUAUUAACUUUAUUGCACCUCUUCCAACUCAUGCCUGUGCCCUGCAGCUCCAGGAGCAAAUUGUUCCCAGUAGCAGAGUUGUGUGUGGGGCAGCUGCCCUUCACUCUUCAGAGGGGCACCUGAAGGGCUCUCCUGGACUCACCAAAUCAUGUACAAGGGCACACAAUGGGGACACCUCCUGCACACUCACUCGAGUGCAACUGCACUCAGCCCUGGAGUUUUCUGCAGGGGAAAGGGUUGUGUCAAGCUGUUAACCAAGGGGAGUGAGCAGGCUUUAAGCAGGGAGAGCACAGUGGGUACUUAAACAGUGAACCAUGCCAAUAGGGCCAGACAGUUGAUUUAAAGUCUAGCAGAAUUGUGGCUGUAUGGAUCUGAAUUAAGUCAAAUAUUUACUGCUACUUCCAAAAUUUUCCACCUGAGCCCCAUGGAGCUGCUGUUGCAGCAAGGUAGCUGGAGACCCUUGAGAGGGGCCUGUAAGAGCAAGCCAAGGCAAAAUGAACCAUUCAGAGCCUCUCGAUGGUCUGUGUGUCUGUGCUAUCUUAGAUCAGCAGGGAUGUAGGUGUAUAUGCUUUGCUUUGCAAUGGAGUUAAGAGCAACACUUCACAUUUUCCAUUUCAUUCACUCUGGAAUUCAUCUGGCAAUCCCAGCACGCAUGGGAAUUUCACUUAGCAGUUUAUGCAACCCUUCUGGUAACAUUCCUUGUGCACAGACACAGACCUGGCCUCAUGCUGCAAUGUGCAGGCAGUCAGGCACCUUCUCCUCCCAGCUCUGUUCAGUCCAAGAUCCAAACAUAAGCAUCACCCUUAAGAUACCAGUAACACUUGAAGCACAUGGAACUCUUCAGCCUUUAAGGCAGUUUGUCAGUCUGGUUGUUAUGAGGAGCAAAUAGUCCCAAAGACAACUGAAGAAGUGUCGUAAAAGAAGCGCCUCUAAAAGAUUGCGUAACAGGAGCUGUGGACUUUCAGUAAGGACAAGUUUCCAGUAAUGAUUUCUGUGUUGAAAGUUCUGGUGGGGAUUUCCCAGCCAUGGGUAUCCUUUCCAGUUUCCUCUUUUGAAGGGUUUGAAUUGCUUAUAAAUACCCUCUUUGAGUCUGAGAGCACACAAGACCAUCUCCAUCUCCUUUGGCUUUGCUGUUCUGCAGUGGUGAGUGACAUUCUGAAUUUGUGAGCUGUGUGCAGUGUUAUGAGCUGGUGUUUUGGGAGCAGAACCAAUGCUUUAGCAUGUGGGGCUUCUUUGUACUCAUGGCAGGAGCAGCAGGGAGUGCUAAAAUGCUGGUUUCUCUUGUGCACCUGCUUUUGUUGUGGAGCUUGUGGUUGCACAGAGGGCACCACUCCUUGCAGGGGGAGAAGGGGGUCCUGGGUGAGCCCUCAGCACUGAGGCAGCAGCCCAGACAGAGCUGGGGGUGUGGUGGGUUCUCAGUGGUGCUCCAGAACUGCUCAUCUCUCUCACUGUCUCCCAGCUCCCUGCCAGGCUUGGCCAGGAACCAUGAGGCUCUGGGUCUGCAUCGUGUUGCUCUCCGUUGUUCUGUGUGUGAGUGCUGAGAGACCAAGGAUAGUCCGAGGAGUAGCCCAGGCCGGAAAAUUUGCCCGGGAUGCAGUGGGAGGAGCAUGGGAUAUGUACAGAGCAUACAGGGACAUGCGUGAGGCGAAUUACAGAGGUGCUGACAAGUAUUUCCAUGCCCGUGGGAAUUAUGAUGCUGCCCGGAGAGGACCUGGUGGUGCUUGGGCAGCGAGAGUGAUCAGCGACGCCCGGGAGGGCUGGCAGAGCGGCGUGAGCGGCAGAGGCGCCGAGGACACCCGGCAGGACCAGGAGGCGAACAGAUGGGGCCGGAGCGGCGGGGACCCGAACCGCUACCGGCCCAAGGGGCUGCCCAGGAAGUACUAGCGCUGUACUCCGCUCCUGCCACACCUCGCUUUGUACUGCACAAUAAAGGAAUCCUCCUGAGAACUGUCCCUUUCUCUGCGAGCGUCCAUCCUCCCGGGGCGCUGGACUGGGGGGGCGGCCGUGUCGGUGUCGGGGCAUCAAUGGGGCUGCCAAAGGGACCCCAUUGGGACCCUCGGGGUGCCGCUCCCCGCCGAGGGAAGGCCCUGGGCGGGUGGGUCUCGGUGCGAUCCCGGCGCGAUCCCAGCACGACCCCGGCAUGGUCCCGGCGCC